AUGAAAAACUCGAAUGAAAAUCGCAAAGCUAAAGAUCCUGUGUUAACUUUUACUGAUCUCAAAAAGAGAAAGUUUGGUGACGAGUUUGGAGAUCGAUCCGGAAUCAGAAUAUGUGAUUUUGAUCCCAAGUCGAACAUGUGGGUCAUAAAAAGGAACUCUGAUGUCCCUGAGUAUUACAAAAGUGUUCAUGAUUUCAACUCGUGGACAAAAGUUGAUCUUGCUGAACUUUCAAGAGCCCCAUUUCAUAAUCCUUUAGAAGAUCCCAACACGACAAAUUUUAAAAGAUUUCUUGAUAGGCAGGUUAAGGAAAACUUCCUAAAGAUGAAGACUGUGAAAUCCCUGUAUAGAAAGGAUAAGGAUAAUAUUGAUCCUAAAUCAGGCCAGCCUAUGAAGAUUAUUCUAUGGCCAACAACAAAACAACUAAAGGAAAUUCCUAUCCCUCAACAUUUUCAUGAGGGAUACCUUGACAAUAUGGGAUUUUGGGUGGUUGAUGAUGAAAGUACCACUGCUGCCAUAAAAUUCAAGGAUUGA